UCUUCGUCAAGUAGAAGCUGCUCCUCCAAGACAUACCGAACUAUUUAUCGUGUUAACUAUGUAUAAUGAAGAUAAAGGCCUGUUAGCCCGCACUUUUCACGGAGUUGUAAAAAAUAUUGCUCACCUUUGCAGUCGUAAAAAGUCUAGAGUUUGGGGUGAAGAGGGAUGGAAGAAAGUCGUCGUAUGCAUAGUUGCUGAUGGUCGUGAACAUAUAGAGCAAAGUUCUUUAGCUUACUUAAUGGCUCUUGGUGUCUACCAAGAUGGCGUUGUAGUAGGCAAAGUAAAAGAUGAAUCCGUUAAUGCUCAUAUAUUUGAGUAUACUACUCAGAUUUCAAUUGACGAUACUAUGAAAUUUAAAACUUUCGAUGAGGACCCUGAUGUUGUUCCAGUCCAAGUGCUUUUUUGUCUUAAAGAGGAAAAUGCUAAAAAGAUCAACUCUCAUCGAUGGUUCUUUAAUGCUUUUGGGCCAAUUCUUAACCCUAACAUAUGUGUUCUUAUUGAUGUUGGUACUGAACCAGGUCCUAGAUCCAUCUAUCGUUUGUGGAAGGCGUUUGAUGUAAAUGCAAGUGUUGCAGGUGCUUGCGGUGAAAUAGUUACCAUGAAAGGUAAAGGUUGGAAGAAACUAUUGAAUCCAAUUGUGGCAGCCCAAAAUUUUGAAUAUAAGAUGUCCAACAUCCUGGAUAAACCAUUUGAAUCUGUAUUUGGGUAUAUUACUGUUUUACCUGGGGCUUUUUCUGCCUAUCGGUACAUUGCUCUCCGGAGUACUACUAAUGACAAAAACGAGGAAGAAGGCCCUCUAGCAUCUUAUUUUAAGGGUGAAAUCAAUGAUAAAAAAAAUGAGGAUAAAAAAAAGGAAAACAUGUUCACUGCUAAUAUGUAUCUUGCUGAAGAUCGUAUUCUUUGUUUUGAAUUGGUUGCAAAACGUGACAGCUCUUGGUUAUUGCAUUAUGUUAAGUCAUCCCAAGCCGAAACAGAUGUGCCUGAAGAUAUUGCUGGACUGAUUAGUCAGCGAAGAC